AUGAUUGCACAACAGCCACAUCCACCAACUUCAAAGGUUGAGCUCAGAAUUUCAUGUACUAAUCUUACAAAUAAAGAUGUACUCUCCAAGUCUGACCCCAAGGUCUAUGUAUUUUCAUCAUUUGAUUCUGAAAAGAUGGUGCCACUUGGAAAAACUGAAAAGAUUAAUAACAGUUUGAAUCCAGUUUUCAAAACACCUGUCUUCUCUGAUUAUUACUUUGAAAGAAAUCAAAGAUUAAAGUUCGUUGUAGUCGAUAUCGAUAAUGAAGAUUGGAAUGAUAGUGAUGAUUUUAUUGGAUCUGUAGAGUAUUCUAUGGCUUCGAUUGUCUCUGCCCCAGGAAGUACCGCAAAGCUUACCCUUCUCUCAAAGCAUGGUCACCAUGCUGGUAAUUUGACCGUAAGCGCAGAGCUCAUUAGAACCAACACAAAGAUGAGUUUGGCAUUCCGUAUGAGUGGUGACAAGUUUGACAAGAAGGAUCUCUUUGGAAAGAGUGACCCAUACUUUAUCGUCUCCAAGAGCACUCCAUCCGGAUUUGUUCAAGUCUACCAAAGUCAAGUUAAAUACAACACAUUGAAUCCAGUUUUCGAUUUAACAGAAAUUAGUAUGGAUGAAUUGACUGGUGGUGAUGUAAAGAGAGACCUUUUAUUCGCAUUCUUUGAUUACGAUUCUAUUGGAAAGCACGAUUUCAUUGGAUCAUUCCAUACCACUGCAGAGGCAAUUUUGAGUAUGCCAUUAAAGUUGGAGUUGAUCAACCAAAAUAAAAAGGAGAAGAAAUCGUCGUACCACAACUCUGGUACCGUCGAGAUCUAUGAAGCUCGUUUGAAUAGAGCACCAGAGUUUAUGGACUAUUUGAUGGGCGGUUGUGAGAUUUCAUUGAUUGCCGGUAUCGAUUGUACCGCUUCGAAUCUCUCACCAGACAAUGUCAAGAGUUUGCACUACAAGCAUCCAACCAUUCCAAAUGCCUAUGCCAACGCAAUCAGUUCGAUCGGCAGUGUUUUGGCACCAUACGAUUUCGAUGGAAUGAUUCCAGUGUUUGGAUUCGGUGGUGACCUCCCAGGAUCGCCAGUUACCAACCAUUGUUUCUCAAUGAAUCUCGACCCAUCCUCUGGCAAAGAGUUGGAUCCAAAUGUUCGUGGUGUAGCAGGUGUUCUCGAUGUCUACUACCGUAACAUCACCGUUGUUUCACUCUCAGGUCCAACCUGUUUCGCACCUCUAAUCAAGAGAGCAUCGGAACUCUCCAACACCUCACAGAGCAAUCAGAAAUAUUCGAUCUUGAUGAUCAUUACCGACGGUGAAAUCAUGGAUAUGGAACAAACCAUCGAAGCAAUAAUCAAAGCAACUGAAAAACCAUUAUCAAUUGUUAUUAUUGGUGUUGGAAGCGCUAAUUUCUCAAGUAUGGAAAGACUCGAUGGUGAUGGUGGACCUCUUUCGAAUGGUGCUGGUAUGAUUGCCAAGAGAGAUAUCGUUCAAUUCGUAUCUCAUGAGAGUUUCAGAGACAAGCCAUUCUACAUGUUGGCCGAGGAGACUCUUCGUGAGAUCCCAAGACAAUUCAUGGAAUACAUGGAAUGCAACAGAAUCAGACCAAAUCCACCACGUAAGUACGUUGAAGUAAAUGCAUCAGUUCCAGUUGCCCAAAUGGCUAAUCUAUCUGUUUAA